UGUCACUCAGCAUCUCUAGCAGCUCGCGAUCGGCGCGGCACUGAUACCACAGAUAGUAGAGGAGACCACAUCCCCUCUACUAUCUAUGCUGAUACAGUACACAGCUAUGUACAGUGUACCUUUCAGGAUUAAGCACAAGCACGGCUAGCUACUGAACGCUGAAAUACAAGCUAGACACUCGCUCAUGGCCACUCCAGCAGUCCCUGCUCACGAUGGAGGACCUCCCCCAGACGCACCAGUGCAGCAAGCAAUGAGGGAGAGAGAGCCCAGCCUCAAAGAAGGAUUCAUUCAGCCUUGUCAAGGCUACCUCAGGAGGAGGUCCAAGAUCCUUAAACGGUGGAAAAAAGAAUGGCUGGAUGUAGUACCAGGACCGAUGAAUCACCAACUUGUGAAGCAUGGCAAACGCCGCUCUGUUCUGCACAAUUUUCAAACUGCAGCUCCGAAUCUCCAAGUGGAAACAGUUAGUGACGAUCCGAACAACAAAGAGUUUCUAACAUUUCGAUUGGUCAAUAUCGAGACCCAAGAAGAGUUAAGCCGCUAUCGUGCAGAGAACAUUGUACAGAUGAGACGAUUCAUGGCUUCUCUUGGAGCCAAAGGCCCGGGAAUGUUUACAAAAGAAGACGAAAUAAGUAGAGCAGUUGCAAUCGAAGCCAUCCACGGCCUCUUUGACGUUAUCCAUCCUUCUGAAGACGAAGUCUAUCAACGGCAGCAGAUGUUCCAGAAUCAUAAGAAAACAGAGGGUGAAGGGGAAGUUAUCAGCAGGCCGGCAGAUGCACCACCUUCCUACAAUGAAACUCUUCAGCAGCUUCCACUCGGAUUCUAUUUCCCAACAGACGGUGGAAUUGUUUUAGGCGAAACGGCCGUACAAGUUGUCUAUCCAGGCACUGCUAUCCCCAUGUAUGAUCCGAAUGCACCAUUGCCAAAGUCCUAUCGAAGACCAUGGCACGAUACCUUUCGACCCCCACAUGGCCCACCUGUGUUCUACCCUGUCAGUAUCGGCUAUGGAGCUGAAAUUGGUCUCGCACCUGCACAGCAAGCACUCUGGGAUCCUGUUCAAAAGAUCUACUUCUUUCUUGACCAUAUAAACAAAGUGACCUUCUUUGAAGACCCUCGACCACCCUUGGAUCCGAUUCCAGUUGUUACUAAACAACAGACAAGUUAUGGGGACAAAAGACGUGAAGCGUUGAUUCCUCCCGGAGUAUGCUCGGACCAUUCCGUCAUCAAAGCCACUACUCAGAGAGCUCUCUCAAAACCACACGGGCACAUCCUCUAUGCUUGUGGUGUUCAUGGUCAGCACGGAGCACACGGCCUAACAGGAGCUACUGGUCAUCCUGGAGCUCACGGAAUACCCGGAGUAUUUUCAGGCGCUAACGGAGGCCCCGGGGGACCUGGCGGACCGGGAGGCCCAGGCACACCUGGACUGAGGGGCCAAGAUGGAACUGAGGCUAGUGAUGUUAUACUGAACAUUUGGGGUGAUCCGAAUCAACUGAACGUUUCCGGUACAUCAUCAUUUGUCGCUGAAUUGGGUGGAACUCGAGUUGAAGAAGUGUUGUUUGUCAACUGCCGAGGUGGUAAUGGUGGACACGGUGGUCGUGGUGGAGAUGGUGGUGUCGGAGGUUUUGGUGGUCCUGGUGGAAGUGGUGCAUGUGGACAUCACGGUCAUAGCUCAUCUUCUGGUCCUGGUGGUAAUGGCGGUCCUGGUGGUGACGGAGGGCCGGGUGGGGUGGGUGGACCUGGUGGAUCUGCAGCUCGAGGUGGUGAUGGUGGCCAUGCUCAGUUUGGUGGUGUGUGCGUUCUACAAUCGACUGACCCGAGACUCCUGAUGCUUGUCGAAGCUGACUGCAUGGAAGGAACCCCUGGAACAGGUGGUGAUGGAGGCACCGGUGGUCAGGGUGGAAUAGGUGGUAGUGGCGGUCAUGGCGGUCCUGGUGGGUCCGGGGGCAGUGGUGGAAGUUAUACGGAUUCCAAUGGCCAUAGACAUAGUUACUCAAACGGAAGUUCAGGUUUCAGUGGCCACGGUGGCAGAGCUGGAUUUCCUGGACCAAAGGGGCCGAAUGGAGAGAGAGCAAUUGAUGGGCAACCUACAAACAAUGGUGCUAUACUUUGGGUGAUCGGUUCUCCUGAAGGUGGAGUGAUGCAUCAAGCAGCCACUCGAUACGACGCUGAAGUUACCGAUAUUCGAGUUAUCUCUGCAAUUGAUGACGGAAUCUUCGAGCCGAACGAACGGAUUCUUGUUUCUAGUGUUGUAGUGGUGAACAGUGGCGGUCUUCCUUUACCAACUAACGUUGAUGUUUUCAUGCCUUCAACAAAAACAAUUCAAUUUGAACCCACCCGAUUUGAGCUCCCUACCGAACAGCUAUUUCCAGGACAAAGCUUCACUGUGCCGAUUACCUACCAUGGUAGGAUCUUUGACCAGCCACCUCCGAAUGUUUGCGGACCAUUUAUUUCUUCUGCUCAGUUCCACCCACGAGCCGAACUACUUGGUAGACCAUUCGAAAAGUCAUUCCUCCAUCAAAAACUUGUUGUUCAGUAUCCUGUAAAGCUUGCUUAUCUCAAGUGUUCUGAGAAUCUCGGUCGAGGAGAAGUGUCCGUACUUGAUAUAGGAGUCCAAAAUAUUUCCACCAUGCCGUACGGAGAUGUUCCUGGCUCUGGAGGAAAAGUGGUGCUUCAAAUUCACUUGGAUGCAAGAAUUAUCCCAGUUGGAUCUGCAAAUGUGGGCAUCAAUGUUGUCCCUUACACCAUCACCUACGAUCCUAUUGCCAAAGACAGCAUGUACAUUCAAGUCCACGAUAUUCCACCUGGAGCGACAGUAAACGUACAAGUCACAGUUCAAAUGGAAAGUCGAGCAGAGCUGUUUGAUCGGUGCUACUGGCAGGCUGACCUCUAUCUCCGCGACAAGCUCAUUGAGUACAAUUUUGAAAAGAUUCGAGUCACUCCGUUUUAUCUCCCCAAAGACCCACCUGCUGACGUCCUCAUGAUCACCAGUGAAUCCAUCACUCGGAAAGAAUUUGUUUUCUGGCAGCGUGUACUGGAGAUUCUUGGAGUCACUGUGGACUUCUGGGACACCACUCGAUACAGCGGCUUGUCUAUCGACUCUCGUACCAACACACGACACCAGACCACAUGGGAGGGCCGCUACACUGGCAGUUUGAUGCUCUACCCUCACUGCAACCUGAAUCUCCUCUAUGGGAUCGAUAUUGUGCGGCAUUUCCACGGACAGGACUAUCGCGACAACCCUUUGAAAGAGAUGCACUCUAGUGCUGUAUUUUUCAUGCCUGAAACAGUUGCGAGGGGCAGACAGGGAGAAAGCAACUACGAUCGAGGGGACCAAGCUGUACAAAGACAUCUUAGUACUGUAGAAGGUGCAAUUGAAGUUGAAGAGGGAACAUACGGUGGCAAGCAUUUAUUCCGACCUGGCUCAUGCUGCGUUACUCCAAGGCCGUAUCUCAAAUGGGAGAAAAAACAUUUGAAAAAACUCGAAAAAGAAGUUCCAACUCUUUCCCCGGUGGUGAUUGCGCGUACAGUCAACAUUCAAUCGACUGGCACCUUUAAGUAUGACUACGGUACCGUUGAUGUCCGUCGUAUGACUAUACUUCGCUCGAGCAAAUUUCUCAUGGUUGAUGGAGCUGGUGGAAAUUAUGUUGACAUGAGCUUGGAUGACCCCAACCUCCACCCUGGAGCUACUGAAGUGCCACUGGCCAGCAACUAUGCUCAAGUUUUCCUAGCCACUCUGUAUGGAAUACCCCUACGCGUCAAGAUCAAGCUUCUAAAGAGCACUCCCGAGGAGUCUACUGAAAGCCCCGGUUCUCAAGUAUCUUGCUUCCUACCAAACGGCCUCAGCCUGUCAAGACAGGACCUCAUCAUGAUAUGCAUUGCUUGGGAGAUUGCAGACGAAGUGUACAGCUGCUCUGGAAACGCCACUCGAAUGCGAGAGCUUGCACAAGACGUGGAAUCUAAUACAGCUGUUUAUGUAGCACACGGUCGAGUAAUUCUUCGAGGAAUGGAAUUGAUUGCAAAAGAAGUCAAGCUUCGAAAAAAGAAAGUGAGCAAUGCUCAAGUGAGCCUAGCCAUAUCCGAGAUUAACAGACACACUCAAAGCAUCUCCCAAACUCUUCGUAGAAGUGGAGUGGAUAACAGAAAUUUAGAACCGCUUGUGAGCUUGGCCUAUCUCCAAGACAAUGAUCGAGUUCAUCGCUCUCACCAGCACUGGACUGGGGAUGACCGUUGGAACCUGUGUGGACUCUAAACCGAUAGACUGUUGAACAUUGUUUGAAAAUAGAAUUUAGCUUUUAUUAAUUAUUAUCUAGCUGUUGAAAACACUGUUGAAGUUAGCAUCUCUUAUUAGUAUCUAGUUUUAAUGUUUUGUGCCCUUCUGCGUGUAAACUUUCAUCAUUUUAA